AUGUCCGAACAUAUUGAUACACAAGAUUCUACGCCUAAAAUAAGCAAGUCACAGUCUUCCUCCGAAGAUCUCAACGCCACCCAGGAAAAGUCACAUCCUUCACCUCUCCAGCGCUUGAAGAAACGAUGGAAGGAGAUAAAAAAGGAGUGGGGGCCUCUCAUGGCGGCCAAAGAGGACUGGGAUGACGAGUAUACUUUCCCACCCGGCCGUUACUCUGGGCAAAGAUAG